AUGAAUUUAACGGCAAAUUCAUCGUCAUUAACAAUUACAAAAGCUAUAUUAGCUGUGGAGCAAAUCGAUCCUAUGUCUGUUGUUUCAAUCAAUGAAACAUUUAAUAUAUCAAUUGCUAUCGUUGAUACAAAUGUAUCACUUCAUAAUUUACCAGAAUAUCAUGCGAAUGGAACAUUAAUAACAACAAAUAGUUCAUCGAUUAUAAUUGGCAUAGCACGAAGUUCGAUGGUUGCAGCAAAUCUAAUGAUUGAUACAAUUGGAAUGUAUUUAAUUAAAGUUCAAUUAGCAUCAUCGAAUAAUGACUAUGUAUUUUCACUUGUAGCCAAUGCAGUGUUAGUUAAAAAAAAGUUCAAGUAUGAUUAUCUUCCUACUAUCGAUCAAGAAAACGAUUUUCCAACAUCGAAUAUAACAUUUUCUGGAGAUUAUGAUGCAUUGAUAUUAGCUGAUUUAUUAGAUAUUAAAAGAACAAUUAUCGAUAAUUUUCUAAUGCAUGUUGGGAUGCCAAUUACCAGUGCUAUUAAUGUAACAAAAGGUAAUAUUGUUGCAUCGUCUGCCGUUGGUACCGACACUACAGGUUUAGCUGCAGCUGUUCAGAGUAUUACUGCGGAUCCGAAAGCUAUUUCCGAUUUAACAGCUCUUUCAAUAAAUAUCAAUGGUAAUACAUAUAAAAUAUAUGAUUCUUCAUCGGAUACGAGCAAUCAAAGUUCAUCACCAAAGACUAUAAUGAUUAUCACUAUUGUUGUGUGCGUUGUUGGUAGUGUCGUAAUUCUAUUUGGUGCGCACUUUGGCAUUAAAAAAUACGAAAUACAGCAUAAACGUCGGCGUCUGAUACAUAACCUUACAGAGCAAUCUGCAAAUGGCAAUGGUGGAAUUCAAUAUGAUGAAAAUAUUGCAACAAAAAUACAAACAGAAGAAAGAAACAAUGAUUUCCAAUUGAAAGAAAAAACAUCGAGUUCAAUGGGAAAUUCACCAAAGAAUACUAAUCAAGUUCAACCAUUGGUUAAUAAAAUUGAAAAAAUAGAUCGACCUCAAUCGAGCAGUGUUAGCGUUUCUAUGCUUACAUUAUUACAAGAUGAUCACGCCAAUCCUAAAUAA